AAAUUCUUACAAACUGGUAAGUGGCCAAAUGAAAAAUCUUCUGAUAUUCAGUGUUAUUUUUCGAGAAAACAAGAUUUAAGUAUUGUUGAUGAUUGUGUUAUGUACGGGGAGCGUAUUAUAAUACCCAGCUGUUUUAGAAAACGCAUUCUAAAAGAAUUACACAAAGGUCAUCAUGGUAUCGAGAGGACAAAGGCACUGGCUCGCAGCUAUGUUUAUUGGCCCCAUAUGGAUGAUGAAAUUAAAAGCUCAACAGACUCCUCCUAGAGAUCAAAAUAUGAGAGACAAUGAGAUUGAAUAUGUACCACUCACUGAUGGACAGACUACAUCUACAGAUGAAUUGCAACCUGUUCAAGAUCCACUUCUAGUUACUUCACCAUCUGGUUCAACAAACGUGAAUAGUCAACCGACAACUUUAGAAAAGUUAACGUCAACAUUAGAAGAAGGUGCAUCGACUAGUAAUUCAACAACAGAUCCUGUAGUUCAAACAGAUGAAGCUUCCCCAGCUCUUCGAAGGUCCAAUCGUAGGAAGCGUCCUCCUGUAUGGACUCCAGAUUAUCAUCUUCUUAAAAGAAAGAGAGAUGUUGGCAACCCCAAAUAAGCAACUUCUAUGUUCUUUGUACUAAAAUUAUAACUGUCGUUUUUAUAUUGUCUUAUAUACAUACUUUUAUAUUGUCAUACAUACAUAGUUUGCCGCUAUUACAUUUUGUUAUGUUUAUUGUACAUUGUUAAGUCGUCUAGUAAACAUCACACAGUCAUAUACGCGGUAACUAUUUUAAAUUGA